AUGGCAUCCGACGCCCACGCCGGCCCCAAGGAGCUCUACGAGUCUGGUCUGACUAUCCCAUCGGACUCGGAAAACUACUCUGCACCAAACGAGCUCGUAUCGUCUGUUCACUCGACGUCGUCCUCUCCCGUCGUCCUCUACAAGCCCCCAACAUUCUGGAGUGUCCUGCGAGGCGCCGCAAUCAACCUGGUCCUUCCCUUUGUGAACGGAUUGAUGUUGGGAUUUGGAGAACUGUUUGCACAUGAGGCGGCUUUCAGGCUUGGCUGGGCCAACACCAAGGUCUUCCCAACAUACCGACGAGCCGUGGGUUCUGGAAUUGAAGUCCGUGACAUUUCCUCGAGAAGGGGAUUGAAGGACACCACAUCCUUGGAAUAA